AGUAACAACAGUUAAGGCAAAAUAUUUAAAUGUCACAUCAGUAUUGUUUUACGCUGACACCAGUGGACUACACGGACAGGUAGAGGCCACAGGUUGUUGUGAUAAAACUGUUUAAAAUCAUGAACAUUUAAGGUGCUCUGUACAAAAUUCAGACCGUAUGGGAUGUCUGCACAUGGUUCUCAAAAUGAAGGUAGCAGUUAAUGGUGCUAACUCCAUAAACAGUGCUAAACAACAGCAACAGUGCUGACUGAGCUUGAGUCUGAGAGUUUGUUAACCUGGGGGAACCGAAGGUUAGGUGCUACACUUGGGUUAGGUUAACGACACUGAUUGAUAACUGCCGUAUGAGUGCAGCGCAAAGUGACGGCAAUGAAGUAUCCAGCAUGCACAUGUACACGCGCCUGUCCAGUUCACCACAACAAACUAUAGGAGAAGCUCUGUUACAACACACAGAGGCAGCAUGACUUCAUUCUUUGGUCAGGAUGCCAUUACUCCACUUUGUCUUUACAUAGCGAAUGAUGGUUUGCUGCUAUAUCAAUGCUCUGAAUGUUGCGUACAUAAUAGUUAAAACAUGAUUUGCACACUAGCUUGUCUUAUAUUACAACAAAUAAAUUACAUGAUUUUCUUUGGUGUUCACUAAUCUUUGUUUAAUCAGGCUGAAAUUUUUCAUUGCAUGCACUGUUCUACAUUUUUCUUACUGUCAACAGAACAGUUCCCAAGGAAAGACUGAAACUAAGUUUCUUGUCCUGUCUGUAGCAUUCGGACUCUAGCAUAUUUGUUAUGCCGAAGAUGUCACUGUUUACAAAAGGGCCAAAAAUAUAUACUUAAAAUUUUCUUCAAAAGUUGAUUUUUUUCCCCAAAAUUUGAAUAACACACAUUUAGUGUGCUAGUGAGUAGCUAUGGCAGCAGUGACAAAAUAAGCUGCAGUAGCUAUACUGAUAUGUUCAGAGCAAACAGUGCAUCAAUGGGUUUCAUUGAUGUUUUUGUAAUAAUAUUCGGGCAGUGAUGGAGUUCUAUGGCACAAAUGAAUAAUAUACAGUAGGCUUUGGCUACACAGCUAAAACGUGUUAUUUGGAUCAUCUUGAUAGUUUUGGUCCUUUGCUGAAAAUAAAAAAAUAUAUAAUAUUGCCAGCUUUAUCCUUCGCCAGCUGAGGAGAGACCACAGCCAUUUUCUAAGGGGUCCCUUGACCUCACUCCUUAAAAUAUCUGAAUGAAAAUGGGUUCAAGUUUAUGCUAAUCCCAUGCAGUCUGGGGUAAAAACCAAGCAGCUUUUUGGAUACAGUAUAAAUGUUUUAUUUCUGCCUAUUGUAUUUUAAUAUUUCUGCACACUGGGGUCCAAAAUCUGUCUUGCAAUUGCAUAAAUUGUGUAUGGAUGGAAAUCUGAGACACGUGGAUUCAGUGAGCCCAGCUGCAUUCAUGUAUGAUGGUGUUAGUCCCUGUAGCAGCCAUUCCACUGAAGUGAGACCAUUUUUUUGAGGCAGACAUCACUGUAUAAAAUGUCCUCUUGUGACCUCUAGAGUAAUCACAGCCUCAUGAUAUUUUACAACCACAAACUAAAGACCUUGGGCAUUGAGAGGAUGGGUGGCUUUCAUAGAUAUAUUAACAAUACGGAGGGUUCUCAGCAGAACAGAACGCUCACCAUCCAACUGGACAAAAAAAAAAUGCAAUUCUUACAGAAAUAUCCCAAUGUCAACAGUGUUUGAUACCAUUUCACAGCAUGGAUUUUUCUAUGGUGUAAGUCUUGCUGUCUUGAUGUGGUAUUUUAAAGGGAUUUUUGACCAUUUUAUUAACUCUUAAGUCCAAAAACUAUUAAAUUAAGCACCAAAUCUGUGUAACAAAUGGUAUCAAUUUACAAGACACAUUUGACAGUGGUAAUAGCUAUCAUAUACUUCCAUCAUCAUGUUCUAAGCCCCUAUACACUAUAAACUUUCACAGGUUUAAUGGGCGCUUAACCAAAACACAAUGCAUAUUACCAGUUUAUGACUAGAAAAUUCACACACAGUGCUGAGCUGCAACUCAAAUCAAUGUUCAGGUUCCCAGCUUUCAGAUGAUAUAUACAAAAAUGGGUCUAUGGUAGGGAGGAGGGAAGUAGAAGAGGUUAAUGUAACAAAAGCAUCCUACAAAAAUACUGCAGAAGUACUACACGAGAGGAAUCUGAUAAGAAUGAUUUGAAGUGCAGCCAGCUGGUCUUAUUCUCUGCUGGAGUCCAACAUUGCUGCUCCCCCCUUGAGACUGUCUGAGGUCUGGACCCAGCACUCGCCAAUCAAAGCUGAAAACAGACACUGAUUCAUGAAUGAUUCAUGGUGUGGGCGGGAGCUUGUGUUGGUGCGAGCUGCACUGUAGGCAGGACGCUGAAAUUGUGACAGGCCGGUUAACGAAUGGUGCAGAGGCAGGGCUAAGAGGAGAGAGCCAAUGAUGGAGAGAAGCCUGUGCCGUUCAGCCGAGACAUGGAGAGCUGCAAGGAGUGGCGGAGGGAGCGAGCGAGUGCACGAGCGGCGGCUGAGAGUGCACGAGAGUGCUGGGCAGGAAAACAGGUCGAGGAGUGAACGCGGAGGAGGGAGAGAGUGGAAGACGGAGUGAUAGGUGGAGCACCAAAGACAGGAGAGUGCAUCUGUUGACUUGCAUCUUCUUAAGACAGAGCCAGACACACAGAAAUCAUGGCAAACAUCACUUCUGCUAUACACCCAAGCAAUCUCCCGUGGCACCCUGAGGCGGUCCCACUCUCCCAUGUCUCCAUGCAGGUCCAGGAGGUCUACCCUUUCCACGACGGCUGGAACGUGGCCUGCUUCAUUAUCCUUCUGCUCUUCAUCCUCACUGUCGUGUCUCUGGCUGCCUUGGCCGUGCUCUAUGAGCUGCUGGACUGUGGGUGCUGUGCCAAAGGGAAGACACAUCACCAGCUACAGGAGGAGGGGCCGGGGAGCUGCGGCAAGCUAAUGACCAGCAUUUGCAAGGAGCCGGAAUCCCACACUGAGGUGGUAUAGGGUGAGGCAAGGAUGAAGAUAAGGAAGAGUAGGAAUUCGGCUUUCAGUUCUGAACUGGGUUGACCUGAGUGUUGGCCGAAUUAGAAAAGAACUUCUAAAACGUGCCCAACAGUGUUCAGUUGCUCACAGUUGAAAAGAUACAGAUGGAAGAGACCAGAUAACAGAACAAUGUAAAAAAGAAAGGGGGCGGCUUGUCACUGAUUUGGAGUGAGUCUAGUUAGCUUUUCAUUCCUGUUCAGAGGAAUUCUUCACACAUGUACAUUCACUACCACUUAACACACAAGGCGGACCCCGAAAGCCAUACUUAACACCAGAAACACCACCAGAAGAAAGACAGAGAACUCGAGUCGUCUAAUAAUAACAACAAUAGUACUAGAAAUAGUACUAGUGAGGCCAUGUUAACAUGAAAACACUAAUAAGACCAAAUAUCAACUAGUUUUCAUCUGCCCUGUGAGUACUGCACGUACCUGUGAGCUGGCUGAGAAUUAGCUUCUAUGAGAUAAGGUAAAAUGUUGUAAACAGGUGGAAAAUCCUGUCCAAAUCUAAAGACUUCAAUAUCCCAGUUUCCCAACAGGACCCGAUGGACAACAAAUGGUCGAGCUUUGUUGGACAACAUUGCUGCUUCGAAUAAAGCCUGUGUUUCUCUGUUCUCUAGUAAAGUGUAUGCCAGUGUUGUCAACAUGUUUAGCAUCGCAACAUUAUCUUAUAACAAGUGACACUUGGUUGGUGCACAGUGAUGUAAUAUAUCAUGUAAUUUUGAGCACAAUGUAUAAGCCUAACCCCAAGAUGCUUAAUAAAUUGUCACUAAAUUAUGUACCAGCCUUUUUUUUCUGCUAAGAGAACAGAUGUACGAAGGGAACUUCAAAGGGAAGAUAUAUGAAGGGUGGCAGGGUAAAGUGUAGCCUGACCUACACGGUGAUGCUGGGUAAUUACAAAGAAGACGUGUUUGAUUGUUUCUAAUUCUUUGCAAACUUUCACUUCCGCAUUCACUCACAUUUUUACCAAUGGAUUUUCAAAAUUUUCCCUAACUUUUCCAUAAUAUCAUCUCCUAUUUCCAUGACUUACAGUAGUUUAACAGGGUCGGCCUACGGGCAGGUGCAGGACUGAGUCCUAAAACCCAGAAAUGCUACUCCUUGUUCCCUAAUCUUAAAGUCAAUAGGUUUUUGGAUGGGUGGAAAUAUUGGUCAUGGAACCAUAGUGUAGUUUUUUUUAAUUGCCUAACGUUAGCUUUUUACUUCUGGUGAUUGCAUUUAUGCUUCAAAAAUCAUAAAAGUUGUGUUAAUUUGUGAAGAUUAGCUUGCUGAACAAAAUGUGUGUUUCAUACACUUUCAUUUGCCUUUUUUUUGUCUGCAACAUUCCAAAAUCCAUUGGACAAAAAUUCUAUUGACAAGGGAACCAGAGCGACCCUAACUUCCAUUCCGGCCUACAAAAAGCAUCAUCCCUGCAGCGCUCUAUAUAGCAAUGCAGCCAUACAUUAUUACACACGCACUCCCCAGGCAUUUGUGGCUAAGCAAACUGCUAGCACUUACUAACUUUACUUGCUCAUUAGACAUUCCUGCCACCAACUACCUGCAUAUGCCAAGAGACCAGACCUGCACAUACAGGUACUUCAAGGCUGGGGUAUAGAACACCAAAGAUUCUGCAGAUGUCGAUGCAAUUUGACAUGUGCUUGGUUUAUAAUCUUGAUAAGUCUGUAUGCAAUUAUUUCUUGUUAAACAAAUGUC